GCGGAGAAGGAGAAGGAGCGGCUCGUCUCUCUCGACGUCUUUCGUGGGGUUACAGUUGCGUUGAUGAUACUUGUGGAUGAUGUUGGAGGGAUUUUUCCAUCUAUCAAUCAUUCGCCUUGGAAUGGCGUAACCCUAGCAGAUUUCGUCAUGCCCUUUUUCCUCUUUAUCGUCGGUGUUGCUCUCGCCUUUGCUUAUAAGAACUUGUCAUGCAGGUAUUCGGCAACAAGGAAAGCGGUUCUUCGGUCACUGAAGCUCUUUUUACUAGGCCUUUUUCUCCAAGGAGGCUUCAUUCAUGGACUUAACAAUCUAACUUAUGGUGUAGAUGUCGGACAAAUUAGAUUCAUGGGCAUAUUACAGAGGAUAGCAAUCGCGUAUUUAGUUUCUGCACUAUGCGAGAUUUGGCUGAAGGGUGAGAAUAAUGUCAACUCAGAGCUAGCGGUGACAAGGAAGUACAGAUUUCACUGGGUGGUGGCAUUUGUUAUUUCGACCGUAUAUCUAUUCUUGCUAUACGGACAACAUGUCCCUGAUUGGGAGUAUCGGGUUUCUAGUGAAGAUUCUGCAUCAUUCUUGGUCAAAUGUGGUGUAAGAGGUGACACUGGACCGGCUUGCAAUGCUGUUGGAAUGAUCGAUCGUACGUUAAUGGGCAUUCGACAUUUGUACAGGAAGCCGAUAUAUUCACGGACCAAGAAUUGCAGUAUAAAUUCUCCAAACUAUGGCCCUUUACCUCCAGAUGCUCCUUCUUGGUGUCAAGCACCUUUUGACCCUGAAGGCCUCUUGAGUUCAUUCAUGGCCAUUGUUACAUGCCUGGUUGGUCUGCAUUAUGGCCACAUCAUUGUUCAUUUCAAGGACCAUAAAAAACGUCUGAAUCAAUGGGUUAUACUCUCUUCUUGCCUUCUGAUGCUUGGUCUUGCUCUCGAUCUCCUCGGGAUGCAUCUGAAUAAGCCUCUUUACUCCUUCAGUUACACUUGUGUCACAGCUGGUGCUUCUGGCUUUCUCUUCUCCCUUAUCUACUUGAUGGUGGAUGUGUACGGAUACCGACGAUUGACCCUCGUGUUGGAGUGGAUGGGAAUGCACGCGUUGUCCAUCUACGUUCUUGUAGCUUGCAAUGUUCUGUUUCUGUUCGUUCAUGGAUUCUACUGGAAGACCCCCAGAAACAAUCUCCUUCGGAUAAUCGGAAUCGGCAAGUGAAGCAAGUGAUUGAAGAGAGAGGUUAAUGAUAACUAUUGGUAGUUCUGUCGGCUCCCAAGAACUCAGAAAGCUAACCAUUCUUUAAGCAGCUGAAGCUGUGUACAUGUUCAAGGAAACACGCUUUGGUCUGAGAUUUUCAAUCUCCGUCUUUAAUCUUUAUUAUGUAAAUAAAAGGAAAUAUUUGGAAAUGAUCUUUUUAUUAUUUCA